CAACAUCUGAAGUCCAAACGUUUUGCAGCUUGUAAAUCUUAGGAAAAUUCCGUAUCUUCUUCACCAUGGCUAGCUUCUUCGAUAUUAAAGCUCGCAAGGCGGAAGCUGCUUCGAAUGGCACUGCCAAUACCAAGGAGAAACCCAGGGAAAAUAAUCGGAUGCAGCCAUGGGUUGAAAAAUAGUCAGUCAUUGGUUUGAGCAUAAUCGUUUUCUUUCAGAGCUCUACUAAUGAUUUCUCAGUCGUCCGAAGGGUCUGGGAGAUGUUACGGCACAAGAUCAUACUAUUACUGUUUUGCAGUGCACACUCCAAUCCUCUAAUGUUAGCUUUUUUUCCUUCUUCCCUUCUUGGAACUACCUCUAACAAUCUACCUCACAGCUUCCUCAUAUGCUCUUCUACGGCCCUCCAGGCACAGGUAAAACAUCCACUGUUCUCGCUCUCGCCAAGGAACUUUACGGCCCCGAACUUAUUAAAUCCCGAGUCCUUGAGCUCAACGCCUCUGACGAACGAGGAAUAUCCAUCGUCCGCGAAAAAGUAAAAGAUUUCGCUCGUAUGCAACUUUCCAAUCCUUCUCCCGCCUAUCGUCAGAAAUACCCAUGUCCACCUUACAAGAUCAUUAUAUUGGAUGAGGCGGAUAGUAUGACGCAGGAUGCACAAAGUGCGUUGAGAAGAACGAUGGAGACGUAUAGUAGGAUUACGAGAUUUUGUUUGAUUUGCAAUUAUGUGACGAGGAUUAUUGAUCCGUUGGCGAGUAGGUGUAGUAAGUUUCGGUUCAAGAGUUUGGAUAAGGGGAAUGCUGUGGUGAGGGUGAAAGAGAUUGCCGAUAAGGAGGGGGUUAAGUUGGAGGAGGGGGCUGUGGAAGCGUUGAUUAGGUGCAGUGAGGGGGAUUUAAGAAAGGCGAUUACAUAUUUACAAAGUGCAGCCAGGUUGGUUGGUGCGAUUAGUCUGAAGGACGAAGAUGGUGAUAAUGGGGACAAAAUGGAUGUGGAUGCGACAAUGGUUACGGUGAGCAGUGUGGAGGAUAUUGCUGGAGUUAUACCAGAUAAUACGAUUGAAAAGCUGGUCAAGGUCAUGCAACCAAGAUCAAGAGGCGUCGUAUACGAUGCUGUAUCAAAAGUAGUCGUUGACAUGGUGGCCGAUGGGUGGAGUGGCACACAGGUCGUCUCACAGGUACGUAUCAUAUUUCCCCUCAUUUCCACAUGGGACACUAGAAACUAAUACAGAUAACAGCUUUACCAGACCAUCAUCAACUCCGAAUUCAUCGCCGACUCUCACAAAAAUAAAAUCGUAGCUCUCUUUUCAGAAGCAGACAAACGACUUGUGGAUGGUGCAGAUGAACAUCUCACCAUUCUCGACUUGUCAUUGAGGAUAUCCAAUAUUCUAGGUAGUUCUUGAUUGUUACUUGACAUGCUCUCGUUGGUUCGAAGAAUGGAUUGGGAUCAUGUAUGCAUAGCAAAGGUAUUGGCGUUAAGGUUACUAAGAUACGUUGAAACGGAAACGAUAUUAGGAAGAGCGUAUGUAGCUAUAGUGUGUAUCAUGACCUAUCUUCUCAUACGUAAUUUAAAUUACAUGAAUACCUAGGUAGAUAAAGAUUAAUAUGAGUCUGUAAUGUUUGUUCAC